AUGUCGCGUCGCACUUCAAUGAGGCAGCGAAUCAUAUGUCCGCCUCGCAGCAGCGCUGUUUCACUCGGCUACAGUCCUCCUGAUCGGAAUUCGGCGAGUCAAGCGCUCAGAGUGCGGUUCUUUACCGUCGUUAGUUUUCGAUCUUCCUUUCAGGUCAAUGCAAACAACUUUGCUUACCAACGCCGCGUCUACUUCAAGCAUGACGUGCAAAUUUCGCGCGGACGUAGACGAGGUGGAUACCUUCGGGGGUCGCUUGUCGAACGGGCUGCAGGCUCUUCUGGAUCGGGAGAUCCACUGCGUAGCAACUUGGCCUCAAGUGAAGACGGUGAUGUCCAUGCUCGCGGCACUGAUGAUUUUUCUAUCUCAUCUUUACCAGACCUGCAAAGCUCCCCGUUGAAGAUAAAUCAAGAUAUUCUUAUAUUUCAGGCCACGAAGCUGCGCAACACAGCACGCAAGACCCGGAAAAAGGAAGAUCGUAUCAAGUUGAGACUCAGUGCAAUUAGAGUAUAUGAGCGCGCAAAAGCUAUUGAUCCUAGCGAUGGUCGCGCGUAUGUUGGCAUUGGAUAUGUUCUUCGCCAGAUGGAUGAUAUCAUUGCUGCAAGGCAGUGCUACCAGGAUGGUUGUGAUGCGACGGGUGGUGAUAAUGCGUACAUUUGGCAGUCUUGGGCGACGCUCGAGGCAGCAGAAGGAAAUGUAUCAAAAGCACGCCAGCUCUUUGACGCCGCAACAGCCGCAAAUAAAACGCACGCAGCUGCAUGGCACGCUUGGGGGAUGUUUGAAAAAUCACUGGGCAAUUUUCAGCGCGCAAGGGAUCUCUUUCUCAAAGGAGUUCGACUUGUGCCAGCAACAAGUGCUAAUGCCCACUUGUUCCAAUCACUCGGCGUAAUGGCAAUGGAGAGAGGACGAAUUCAGGAAGCUCGGGAGCAUUUCAAGGAAGGCACAAAAACAGAGUCGGGCGCGCAAUCAGCCGCUCUGUGGCAGGCUUGGGCCAUUCUUGAGUCUCGUGAAGGAAACAGUGAUCAGGCGCGUAAGCUUUUCCAGCGGGGUUUAUCUGUCGAUCCGGAAAAUAGGUACGUUUGGCUGUCAUGGGCGGUUUAUGAAGCUCAGGAAGGGUUCAUAGAUCGCGCGAGAGGACUGCUGCGCAGGGGAUGCGAGUUGAAUCCCAGCGAUCCACCACUUUUACAGGCGUUGGCCAGGUUGGAGGCAUCAGAGGGAAAUAUUACUGCCGCCAGGCAGUUGUUUGAGCAAGGAACAAAACUCGAUCCCCUUCACCAGGCAAAUUGGCAAGCCUGGGCCUUGGCGGAAUGGAGGGCUGGAAACGUUCACCGCGCUAGACAGCUAAUGCAGCGCGGUGUCUGGGUGGCUCCACGCUGCUGCGACGCCUGCAAACUUUUCCAAGCUUGGGGUGUCCUUGAAGAACGAGAGGGUAAUGUUGCUUUAGCCCGCCAGUUAUACAAGUGCGGCAUAAAAGCAGACCCGUCGAGUGAAGUUACCUGGCUUACUUGGGCGCUUAUGGAAGAAAGGCAAGGUAACGAUAUUCGAGCGACUGAACUCCGAAAUUUAUGUGUGCAGCAGCGUGCAGAAGAGGCUGUGGGACAGUCUGAUUUGAGCCCAGCAGCGAUGUUUGGAAUUGACUCUGCUUUGAGACCAGUAUUACGAUCCAUAUCGACACUGCUGGGAAAUCAGAGCACGCAAACAGAAGAUGCACUCAGUGGAAACCGGAGCGAUGCCGAUCUUAGUAUCUCGAGACGAGAAGUCGUGAAAGCAGAACCCCUGUAUGGGGUUGCUUUGCCAGAGGAGAAAUAA